AUGUUAACUUAUGAGAUUUCCAAAAUAAAUGUUUUACUGUAACAGAUAUAUGCAUUCCAUUUGUUUAAAACAUUGCCAUUUACUACAAUUAAGUAAUUCUAUCUCAACAGUUUUAUCUAACAUUUGUGUUGCUAAGAUAUAUUAUAUAAUCAAAAUUAAAAGGCAUCAUAAGUAUAUUUAGUAAUAAGUGGGAUCUUUGAAUAAAGAGAAAUAACAGAAACUAAUACAAAAUCUAUCAAUAUAUAUACACCUGGUUAAUUAAUAGGGGAUUUUGAAUGUGUUAAUUUCUAUUAAAUUAGAAAAUCCCAAGCUCUAUGUAUAAGUGAUGAAGGAUUAGUCUUAGUAUUUGAAGGAGUUUAUUUUUUGAAUUAGAUUGUUCCAAAUAUUAAUAAGAAGUUUGUAGCUAAGAGAAUAAAUGAUUUUAAAUAGACUUAAAAAAGUAUAUAGAUGAAAAAGACAUUGUAGAGAAUAUUUCCAGAAUAACCUAUUGAAUAAUCAUUAUAAUCAUAAUACUAAUUAAAUUAAACAAGUACAAAAUAUUUUAGAUUUGCUAAGUUAGCGAAUCCUAGAUUUUUUAAAUUAAGACAAACUCCAGAAAAAUAAAUGACUCUAUAAUAGAAUAGUAUAAGUAUUAAUAGAUCUUAAUAAUAAUUACUUACAAAUAUUAGUCAUAAUAAAGUAUCAAUAAUAUCAUUUUCUACAAAAUAGGAAUUGUUUUAAGGAAAUAUUAAAGGAAGAUUAUUAAGGAAUGAAUUAUUAAAUAAGUUUAUUAAUUAAUAAUCUGAAUAUUAAGAUGUUACUUAAAAACUAAGAAGAACUUAAUCAUAAUUGGGUAUGAAUAAAUGA